UAAGAUACGGCAAUCGCAAGUACGCAGAGGAUUAUCCACAAGUAAGAAAUCCUGAAUCAUAAAAUUUUCUCUUAAAUUUUAAAUGUGCUUUACAGAUUUUCUUCAAUGUACACACUUAGAUGUUUAUACGUAUAUCUGUAGCUAAUCAAAAGCGAUAUUUACGUGAAAUACUGAUAGUUUAAAUUGAUUAGCUUAUACUUCUUAUAUAUAACAACAACACAUACUAGACUUUCCAUGAGUCAGAAAUAAUCCGUUGAAAGGAUAAGACUGAGCAAUCAAAUUGUGAAAGCAGAAGAUUAUCCACAAAUAUAUUCCAAACGAUAAUGUGUACAACAUGCUUAAAACAAAUAUUGUAUGUUGUUUUGAUACUUAACAUCGCCAUGGCUAUCAAAACAGAUGUGGAUUAUGGAAACUGUGAAAAUGUAUCAUCUGAUGAACAUAUACCGGUUACAAUAAUAGAGCCAAUAUAUUAUAGACUUUAUCUCCACUUAUUGAAUCCAUUUAUUGAAUCUGAAAUGUAUGGCGAAUCAAACAUCGUAAUCCACGUUCACAAACCAACCAUAAAAUUAAGCCUGCAUUGUUUUGGAUUAGAUAUACAUCAAGAUAAUAUAUCGUUAUAUUCGAUAACAAAAUAUUAUCCAUCGUCUUAUCGUUUUUGUACUAAAACACAGAUCCUCGACAUGUUUUUUAAAGAGACAAUACUUCCUGGUAGAUAUAACCUAAAUAUAUUUUUCGUCUGUUCGUAUCACAAGAAACCUGGAAAUAUUAUUAGAUAUCAUUAUAUGACAUAUGCAGCUGAAACAACUAAAAGGUGGUUUUUUGGAAUAUUGUCGGCAUCGAAUCGUGCUCGAAUAAUAUUUCCAUGUUGGGACGAGCCGGAAAUAUACAUGCAACAUGAGAUUAUUAUCAGGCAUGCUGAACAAUACCAAGUUAUAUCGAAUACGCCAGUGAAGAAGUUGUUAAAUGAACCAAAUAAUAUGUCACUAACAUUUUUCCAUACUACUAAACCUAUAGUUUCAAGUCAAGUGGCAGUCAUACUGUUUAAUAAUAUGAUACAACGUAGAUGGUACGAGGAAUAUUUCUGGCAUCAUAUGGUGGAAGAAAGGAACAUUUUUCGUGAAAUUUGGGAUAUGAAACUUUUUUUGGCAAAUUAUCUAAAAGUCCGUGAUAGAAUUAUGAAAACAGAUCACUUCGUGAUUCCAAAUCUUCCAUACCAGGUUGCAGGAAGUUUAGGAGUUAUUACAUACAGAGAAGAAAGCAUUAAAUACAACAAAAGUAUUGAUUUUCCUGGUCGUGAAAUUAAUAUCUUUAAGAUGGUAGGCGAAGCAUUGGCGCGGGAAGUUCUCGUUGAAGUAAUAUGCGCUUCGUAUUAUACGCUAAUUAAGAUAUUUGCAUCCUUCUUCAGUCAUUUUGUUAUUUUCCAGGACUCAAUUUACUUGUCGUUUAUGGAUCUCUCCAUCGUUCAAACUGUGCAGGGUGCUUUAUAUUAUGACGUCGAUUUCCAAAUGGCACCUGUGUCACAGAAUAAGUUCUUAUUCCCCAUUGAUGAAAUUGAUGCAAUUCAUUACUCUCGACUGUAUUAUAAUAAAGGUGCUGCUUUAAUGCGCAUGUUUCUGUAUUCUCUUGAAAAGCCGGAAUAUUUUGAUCUAUAUAUUUCGAAAUUGGUGAAUGAAUGUGAGGAUACUUUAACUUUCAAAGACCUCUGGACUAUUAUGUCCAGCGUUUUAACAGAAGACGAGGAAUUAGACGACAACAUAACCGAAAUGAUGUACACAUGGAUAACACAAAGGCAUUUUCCCGAGGUGAAAGUUUAUCGCAAUUAUACGCAUAAUUACGCAAUACUUUCAGCAUAUAAUUGCAACGAAAUAAAGAGGAAGAUACCCAUAAUUUAUACCACGAUAUCAGAUUUUACUUACGUGUACGGUGAAUCUAAAAUAAUUUUAUUUGACUGUUCAAAAUUCAAAAAAAAUGAAGUAUAUGUGCAUAAACUUGAUGUUUUUGAUAUCAUAAUAGUCAAUGUCAAACAAGUGGGAUAUUAUCGCGUCAAUUAUGAUUCACAAACUUGGCAAAGGAUCGUAACACUCUUAAACUACAAUAAUUUUACACUAAUUGAUGUUGUGAAUCGCGCUCAGUUAAUUGAUGAUGCGUAUUAUUUUGUGAUGAAUGAUAAACUCGAGGUUUCUACGUUCACACAUCUAAUUAAAUAUUUAAAGAGAGAAAGGCAUUAUGUAGCUUGGUAUCCUAUGUUCAAUAUUUUAAUGUAUAUGUCGAAAUACUUUGAAUUACCAGAAAGUGCGCGUUUCAAGUCAUUCGUGUUAGAAAUCUUGGAUAGUCUUCUUCAGAAAGUUGGGUACGAUGAACUUACCGAGGAUAAUGAUAUGACAAAGUCUUUAAGAUUAUUAGGAUUAAAAUGGGCUUGCAAAUUAGGUCAUACAGUAUGCAAGACAACUGCCACCUCUAAACUGUCUCUUUCUCUCCAAAAUUCUUUUACAAUUCUACCAUGGUGGAAGGAAUGGGUAUAUUGUGCAGGUAUGAUGGAGGCAGAUCCAAACGUGGGUUUUAAGGUUUUUUUUGUAGAUGACGGCAUGUUUGAUCAGAAGCUGUUAAUGUACUUGACAUGUUCCGAGAACGAACAUAUACUCGUUGCUUAUUUGGAUAAUUUGUGGAGCUUACAAUUAGAAAACUUAAAGUUAACGUACUGUCUAGAUCUAGUAGAGGGAUAUGAGAUGAUUAUUGCUGCUUAUCGUUCUUUUGUAAAGAAGCAUGCAAGGAAGAAUGCUGUGUUGAAGCACAUCUUAGAAAAUUAUGAUAAAUUACCGUCAACUAUUUUGGGCAGUAAGUCUCCAGUAACAGUGUUAGGUAUUACUAUUCUGGAAUUAUAUUCCGAGGAUAAUUUUAAACAGAUAACAGCAUUUGUAAAAUCACCCCGGAAUUUCACAAUGGAGGAAAAGAGUAUAAUUGAAAUUUUCGUUAAACGUAGGAAGAUAGAGUUAGAGAGAAUAUCUCACAAUUUCCGCAUGUUUUGAAACAGAAGGAAUUGAUUCUUUUUCAUAAUUAAUUGAGUCAACAAAUAAAUUCGGACUCAUCGACGAAUUGAAGCAAUUGUAAUAAUGAUCCAAUAACCGAUAUUAUAUAUAAGCAUUUAAUAUAAUCAUCUGAUAUUAUUAAUAAUAUUAAAUAUAAUCUAGUAAUGGAUCUUAUAUUUAAUAUAAUAAUAAAGAUGUUUCCAUGCUUUUAUUAUAGUGACUCAAUAUAAUAAAUUAUAUAUAGUAAAUAA